AUGGAGAGUAGGUGCUACGGCUGCGCUGUCAAGUUCACUCUCUUCAAGAAGGAGUACGGCUGUAAGAAUUGUGGUCUGGCCUUCUGUUCCGGCUGCCUUAGCUUCAGUGCAAUGGUGCCUCAGACUGGGAACAAACAACAGAAAGUCUGCAAGCAGUGCUAUGAGGUCCUGACCAGAGGAUCUUCUCCUGCCAAUGCCUCCAAGUGGUCACCACCUCAGAACUAUAAGAAGCGUGUGGCAGCUUUGGAAACCAAGCAGAAAUCCAGCACUUCCUGGAGCCAGGGACUAACCCAACAAGACCAGGUCAUUGCUCAGCGUCUAGCACGGCUCCGCCAGGAGAACAAGCCCAAGUCAGUGCCCUCACAGGCAGAGAUAGAAGCACGGCUGGCUGCACUUAGGGAUGAACCUCAGGGUUCUAUCCCUUCCACCCAGGAGAUGGAGAGACGGCUUGCUGCAUUGCAGGGCAGAGUUCCUCCUUCUCAGACCCACCAGCCGGCACAUCAGACACCAGAUACCAGGACCCAAGCACAGCAGACACAGGAUCUGCUAACACAGCUGGCAGCUGAAGUGGCUAUUGAUGACAGCUGGGAACGAGCAGGCACAGCUGCCUCUCUCCAGAAUGACCUCAACCAGGGUGGCCCAGGGAGCCAGAGCACUAAUUCCAAGGAGCAGGCUAGCUGGUCUGUGGAGGAGGAGAAGAGCAGGCUGCUGGCUGAGGCAGCGGUUGAACUGCGAGAGGAAAACACAAGGCAGGAGCGGAUCCUGGCCCUGGCCAAGCGUCUGGCCGUGCUGCGGGGACAGGACCCCGAUAGAGUGACCCUCCAGGACUAUCGCCUUCCAGACAGUGAUGACGAUGAGGAUGAGGAGACAGCCAUCCAGAGAGUCCUGCAGCAGCUCACUGAAGAAGCUGCCCUGGAUGAGGCAAGUGGCUGUAACAUCCCUGUGGAGCCGGCUCCCAAACCCCGGGCCCAACCCUGCAGGGCAGAGCCUGAGGCCCAGGACAUGGCCCUCAGGAUGGAGGCUGAGGAAGAGGAGCUCCCCUGGUGCUGCAUCUGCAAUGAGGACGCUACCCUGCGCUGUGCUGGCUGUGAGGGAGACCUCUAUUGUGCCCGCUGCUUCCGAGAGGGCCAUGAUACCUUCGAACUUAAAGAGCACCAGACAUCUGCCUACCAACCCCCACGUGCAGGCCAAGAGCACUGAGGAAACCCUGGUCCUGGAAAGGCAGUCCUACAGGCAGUCCCCCAGGCUGGGGCACCUCACUCUGGGCCCAGCCUCAGGGCAUCUGAUGGGAGAGCAUUUCAGACUAUACUGAUGAUGGAUACUCUUCUUCCUGAGCCUUGCUGUCUCUGGAAAGUUCUCCAUUCAUUUGAUGAAAGUCAUCAUCAAAGAUGAUUACCGGAAGAGCCAGAGGGAAGGAGUAGGGGCCCUCCUACUAGAAAAGAAUCCCAGAUUGGAAGUAAGAGGCAUGAUGGGAAAGACCAGACUGAAUCUAAGGAUGAGCCCUGUAAUCCAGCUCCAGGUCCAGGAUCCUGUCUUGGCACUGAGUGGAUCUAAUAAAUUAUGUUGAUUCAUUGGG